AUGAUGUGCGGAGCGCCUUCCGCCACGCAGCCGGCCACGGCCGAGACCCAGGCUAUCGCCGACAAGGUGAAGUCCCAGCUGGAGGAGAAGGAGAACAAGAAGUUCCCAGUGUUCAAGGCUCUGGAGUUCAAAAGCCAGUUGGUUGCUGGGAAGAACUACUUCAUCAAGGUUCAAGUGGACGAGGAUGACUUCAUGCACAUCCGAGUGUUUGAAAGCCUGCCGCACGAGAACAAGCCCGUGGCCUUGACCAGCUACCAGACCAACAAAGGCAGGCAUGACGAGCUGACCUACUUCUAG